UAUCACGGAGAAGCCGGUCGAAUGUUGUAUUAGUGUUUUUUGUACAUUAAACAAUCCGGAUGUACACAAUUUGUGAAUUGAAAACAAUACCACCGCUGUUUGUUUUGAUUUCGGAUUUUCUCGCCGUUAGCCAAACACUUGUCCGGUCGAUUGCGGAUCGUUAACCAUUCUUAUCGUUGUUAUUUCUCUUUUUCAACUAGAACACAUAGUUUUGUCCACAACGGUCUUUGCGAGCGAAAAGGCGUCAUGAAGUUGGUCAAGUUUUUGAUGAAACUUAGUCAUGAAACUGUUACAUUAGAGCUAAAAAAUGGUACUAGUGUCCAUGGAACCAUAACAGGUGUUGAUGCAGCAAUGAAUACUCAUCUUAAGGCUGUUAAGAUGACCGUAAGGAAUCAACAGCCAAUACUUUAUGAAACACUUAGCAUUCGUGGUAACAAUAUUCGAUAUUUCAUUUUACCAGAUUCACUCACCCUGGAAACAUUGUUAGUUGAUGAUGCACCUAAAUCACGUUUUAAAAAUAGUAAACGAGGAAGUCAUGGAGGACUAGGAAGAGGCCGUGGACGUGGAGGUCCAAGAGGAAGAGGAAGCCGAGGUGGACCUCGGGGAGGUCGUGGACGUGGUAGUGGACCAUCUCGACGUUGAAGAUAUGAAAGUAUUCCUAAUGUAUCAAAAAGUAUUUUAUAUAUUUUUAAGAUUUAUACUGUACACUAACAGAUAAUAAUAUGACUUGACAAUUAAUUUCACAUUUUAUUUUGUAUUCAACUUAAAAACUUUCUACUAAUUAUUUAUUCCUUACUAUUUAAUAUUAAACUUAGUAUGAUUUUAUAAUUGGAAUCAUAUAUCCAUAAGUAUAUUAACUAUUAUUAUUAGAGAUAAUGGUUGUAAACGAGUGUUAGAAUACAAUAUUACAUAGACCCAGCUAAAUGUCUUAGAAA